AUGGAGCGCGGUCUGCAGACCUCCGUGUGGGCGCCAGUCUCCCCGGCUCCCCGGACACACGAUGCCGACCGGCACGACGCGAGGGCCAGGUCGUUGCCGCCGCCGGCGGCGUCGGGCUUCGCCGCGUCUUCGACGACGUCGUUGUCGUCGUCGGCAGCAGCAAGGGCUGGCUCCCUCUCCCGCCUCGCGGCCUUCCAUCGCUUUCAACAGGCCUGCCGGCGGGUGAGGUGGAAAUCCAUCGACCUCGGAAACGCUUACAGGCGCGCCAUGGACCCCGAGGGCUACGACUUUACUUUUGCCGACGCCGUGGCCAACUUCAAGGUUGAUUUCUGUGAAUUCUACGCGUGGGUCGAGAAGGCCCUUGUGUUUGCGCUCCUGGUCUUCGGCGUCUCUGUGGACAAGGCCCGUCCGGGCCGGGCCGGCGCGCGGUCAGCCGGUACCGAGCCAGCGCACGCAUACCACUACUGGGUGCUCAAGGCGCUCGAGGAGGAGGACACCCCGUUGAGGGGCAUAUUUGGAGGCGGAGACGUCUGCGAGGCGCUCUGGAAGGCCAAAAAGUUGCGCAAUACGUGGAAGGUUGCGUCGGAGGGCAAGGAGACGCCGUCCUCUGGCGCGAUUCCUUUGGACUGGAUUGUUUCCCAGAUGCUUGAGGGACUGGAAAGGGCCUAUGCCGUGGCCAAGGAAGAGGUUGACGGCGACUUGGAGAGAGCCGGCGACGUUGGCAUGGCUGUGGAUGACGAGUGGGCGUGGAUGGUGGUGGACAGCAUGGAUUGGGAGCGUUGCUGA